UCACAUUUGCCAAAGUAAACUGUUUUGUUUUUUUUCUUUCUUGGUCAUUUCAUUGGUGCAUGCAAUAUUUUUUUUCGCCGUUUCCUGAAAGAAUUCGAGCCUCAGCAAGUUGAUUCUAAAGAUUCAAACUUUCAAAGGGAGAGAGAGAGAGAGAGAGAGAGAGAGAGAGAGAGGUAACAACUCACAAACCCUAAUUUAAACUUGAGAAUGUCCAAAUCUGGGUUUUAUUUAUCCUGGAUUUUGGUGCACCUAUUUAUCCUUCAAGUCUCGUCUAGAAUUUCAGCCAUCAGGAAGGAUAUUGGAUUUCAAGAGAAACCCAUUUGCAGAAAUACUGUUCAAGGAAGAUAUUUACUGUCUGAUGACAAUGGCCAUAUAUGUGAUGCUCUAUCAGUAGAUCCACAGUCACGCUGCUGCCCAGGAAAAGGAGAAAAAUUUUCUUGUCAUGGAUGCAACCUUCUCUCACAGUGUUGUAACUCCUAUGAAUUUUGUGUUUCAUGCUGCCUAAAUCCUGCUCGGACACAAAAAGAGCAAGUACUGAAGGUGAAGAUGGCUAAGCAAUCUACCGCAGGUACUUAUUCAAGUGUUUUUGAUUUCUGUGCUGGGAGAUGCCGUCAUAAUUCUGAGAGUGUGGUUCAUGAAAAUGCUUAUAUUAGUGAUUUCCAUCACUGCUUUUCCUUGCCGUCGAAUUCUUCAGCAGGGGCUUCUAAUGCAAACCUUGAAGGAAGACUAAAUGGAAUUAAUGUUAUUGUUGGAAGACAAGGUGAAUCAUGUGACUCAGUUUGCAAAUCAAAUGGACAAUCAUGCGUCCCCAACAAGCUGUUGGUGCUUAAUCAAUGUGACAUUAUGCAGAAAUAUAUGAGCUGCAAAGGAGCUUGCUUGGCAAGCAUGGGAUCAGAUCAGCCUGCUGAAGUUGUUGAUGAUGCCCCUAAAAAUCUGAAUCCUGGAGCAUGCUUGUUUACUCGAACGCAAUCAAUGCUUUCCUGUGAAGGUUCGCAUCUGUAUACCAGGAGACUUUGCCCCUGUGCAUAGUGCAUAGACUUGAUAAUGUUGUUGAGGAAGCAAGCAAGAAACGUGGUAAUUAAUUUUGUAUUAUAGGUAUUGGUUUAUUGUUGGAAGCUUCAUAAAAGAAAAGUUCUACAGAGGGCUGUUGUAUGUUAGUAUAUUUUUAUUGGAGAUGAAAAUAUUUACUGCUCCUGUUCCAUUACUGUAAAUUCUACUAGUAAUAUUUGUAACAAAAAAAAA